AUGGACACCUUUUAUGCCGCAUUACGUAUCGCGUUGUUUUUUUAUGUCAUCACCCCUGGAUCAUCGACUUGUCUGACCGGUUGCUCCUGCACAGAUGACAGCUUGGGAAGGUCUUUACUUUGCAUGGAAACCUCCAUGGGACGAAUCCCAGAUGACAUCCCACAUGAUUUCACUAAAAUACGAAUUGAAAACUGCCACCUGACUGAGUUACCUCAAGGAUCUUUCUCAAAAGUUAGUGCCUUGGAGUUCCUCUGGCUGAAUUUCAAUGAGAUCACCCUGAUGAACAUCAAAAGCCUUGAGGGGCUGGCCAACCUGACUGAGCUCAGGCUGCAAGGGAACAAGCUGACUUCAGUAACAUGGACAGCGUUUCAGGACACGCCGAAACUGAAGAUAUUGGACCUGAAGCACAAUCGACUAGAUGUUCUUCCUGAACAUGCUCUGAGACACUUACCUGCACUGACCUAUCUAGAUUUAUCCUUCAAUCAGCUUACUGUCAUAUCGAAAGAUGUCUUCACUAAUUGGCCUCUUUACCAAACAGCAGCAAAAGCGUGGGGGAAAGAAGGGCUGGUCUCCAAUGUGGUUCUGGCGCUGCAUGACAACCCCUGGUUGUGCGACUGUCGCCUUAAAGGCUUUGUUGAAUUCAUCAGGGCCGUCAGCCCUCCCAUCAUUCUAAUGAACUCUUAUUUGGUGUGCUCUGGCCCCGCCUCAAAGGCUGACAAGUUUUUCCACGAGGUUCAGUUGAAAACAUGCAUGAAGCCGGUGGCCUCUGCCCCAGAGACCAACAUCACUUUACCUCUCGGAGCAAAUGCAACACUUACGUGCUUAGCAAAGGCCAGACCCGGCCCGACCAUUCGGUGGAUGUACAGUCUGAAGAUUAUAAGAGGAUUUGCUGCUACAGAGACUCACAUAGACGAGGAGACAGUCACUUCCCAGCUAGUGAUCCCCUCUCUUCGCCUGGCAGACCGAGGACUCUACACCUGCAUAGCCAACAACUUCAUUGGCAACUCCUCUGUCGGCAUCGUGGUUAACAUCAGCGCCUCAAACUCCUCUGCCCCUCUGCCUCCACCUGUCCCCAUGUUGUCAUCAGAUGAGGACGCCUACAUUGACAUCCGCAUCGCCAAGCAGACAGUUUACGGUAUCACCCUUGAGUGGUACGCAGCAACCGAUAACCCAGCGGAGACCUGGUUCACCAUCCACUUUGGCAAAUAUGAUUCACCCAAAAAGGAGAUGAUCUACAUCGGCCCCGGCAUCAACAGCUACUCCGUCAGCGACCUCCUUCCUGUCACCAAAUACGAGGUGUGUGUGUCCUUGAAGAACCAUCCACCGAGGGAGGGCCAGUGCAUCGUUUUCGUGACAGGAAGUGACAUCAGUGAGCUGGAGCAAAGAGAGAGGCUCAUCCAUAUUAUCGUCAUUGUGUGCGCCAUGGUGCUUGCAGUGCCGGCCGGCAUGUACGCCUGCACCACGGAGGCCCGGUUCAGCUGCGUGGAUCGCUGCGUGAAGCUGUGGAAGAAGCGCAGGCUGCACGGAGAUGAUGUGCAGGGGACAGAGAGGCAGGGAACAUUUGAUAGCCUGCAGGCGGGCAGUGAGGAAGGCCUGUGCAGAGACUUAGAGGAGAAACCCAAAAAGAGGCGGAAGUCUGAAGACAGGUGCAAAGGGGGAAGUGCAGCUCAUCUGUACUAG